AUGUCUUCUACCACAAUACAAUCCGCGUCUGGAACACCCCUAGCAGACAGUAUCCGGCGAAAGGUAAGACUCCAUGUCACUGCCUAUAGUAUGCUCCUUGGUAUCGUUCUGUCUACAGUCGUGCUCUGCCAGUCUGACAAAAUCUGUGAGUUGCAGGUUGAGGCAGCUUUCAAUCCCGUCAAUCUUACGAUCAAGAAUAACUCGGCAGAUCAUCAACAUCAUUCGGCUAUGAGAGGGGUCGAAUCCAAGGAGACACACUUCGAGCUCGAGGUCAUCACACCCGCCUUUCAGGGCAAGUCGCAAGUCAAGCGCCACAGAGAGAUAUACGACCUCCUCGCGGCCGAAAUGGCACCGGGCCUUGUGCACGCGCUACAGCUGCACACUCGGACGCCAGAGGAGGACGAGCGAUAUCGCGCUCGCGAACAAGCAAAGCAGGAAGCCGCCGCUCCUCGCUAA